AUGCAGCUCAUCCCAGGUGAAUGCAUCAAGUGGACGCUAUUCAGUGUGCCGUCGUGGGUGAAACUCGGCGAAGGCGCCUCGCUGACUUGCAAGUUUGACCUGGAGGGGCAAAACUUGUACGCUGUCAAGUGGUACAAAGAUGGUCGUGAGAUCUACCGCUAUGUGCCAGCAGAGAAGCUCACUCAGCAGGACUUUCCCAUGGCUGGUGUUAACAUUGACGUGUCACAGUCUGACAAGGAAGUGGUGCGACUCAGGAACGUGAGCCUCGAGUCGACGGGUCGCUACAAGUGCGAGGUGCUCGCUGAGUCACCGAAAUUCAUGACGCUCGUCAAGUCUGGCGAGAUGCAAGUUGUCGAUCUGCCAGCAGGUCCACCCAUUGUGCUGGGGGGACAGUCAGAGUAUGAGGACGGAGACCUGGUGAACGUGACGUGCAUAACUCUACCGUCCAUGCCACCCGCUCAGGUCACUUGGUACAUCAACGGGCACGAGGCGCCGAAUGACAUCCUGUACCCACACUCCACCGCCGCUCCGCUGCCUCAGUCCCCGCAGCAUUACCCAAACAACCAAUACCCGUUCAACCAAUACCCAACGGGCAACUCUGUCGGAAGCGCCCGGAGCUCCGACCAUCUCCAGCAGUCGCAGCCUUCGCUGUCGCACAGCAGACAAUCCGUCAAAGUAACCCUGGCGUUCACGGUGCGCCGGUAUCACUUCGACCGUGGCAACAUGACGCUGCGAUGCGAGGCUCGGGUCUCGGAGCUCUACACGGGGCAGGAGGAGCUACACGCGCGUCGCAAGACCACCAUCAGACCUGCACUUUUUGGGGGCAGAACUUCAGGAGCCUCAAGUACUUCACAUGGAAUAAUGCUGAGCGUCAUGCCUGCGAUACUAUCAGCUUAUGCUGUGCUGGACUCCAUAGUAUGA